ACUUGUUUACUGAAGUGCGUUGUAGAAAGAAGUGCGUUGUAUAAUAAGUAUUAUUAUAUUGUAAUAUUUUUAUUUGGGUAAGUUGAAUUAUACAGUUAUUAUCAAUAAAUAAUUUAUAAAAUACAAUUAGGUUUAGUCAAUUGACUUAUUACUUAUAUCUGAAUCAAACGGUCGUAUAGCCCCAUAUACCGAUUAGAAUUUUCAGUGAUAAAAAGAGAAACACGAGAGGAAAAAAAAGGUUUAUGUAUGUUUAGGUUUAUUUAAGUUUUUUAAUCAUGCCGAAAAAUCAACAAACCCAACAAAUAUUGAAUGAUACAAGAGAUGAUUCGUCUUCAUCUCGGGUCGUUAUGCUGUUUGGAUCAGACGAGGAAUGUGACUUAACAUCAGAUGACUUAACAUCCGGCGAUGAAGAUACGUUGUCUGUAAAUCAAUUGACUGGUAUCCGACGGUUCCCAGUACCAGAUUCCCGAAAACCGUGUACUGUAACCAAUUCUCGGGAGCGCUGGCGCCAACACAACGUUACUGGUGCCUUUGCAGAACUUCGUAAAUUGGUACCCACUCACCCACACGAUAAGAAAUUAUCGAAAAAUGAAAUUUUAAGAAUGGCUAUCAAGUACAUUCGUCUUUUAAGUGGAGUCCUCGAAUGGCAAGAGAAUCAACAAGAUUUCAGCAAUAAUAAUGAAGACUGUAUGGACAAUAAUGUGUAUUUAUAAUUAUAAUAUUUAUGGCAAAAGAAACUAUUACAUUAUUAUAUGACGAUGAUCGUAAUAAUAAUACGUCAUGAUAUAGAUAUAAUUUAAAUAUGCCCUGAUGAAUAAACGCACAGAAAUAAAAGACUAUGCUACUA